AAAAUACAUCUUUACAUCACACGUCAGUGGGCGCUGAGCUGUCUUCUAAGUAACACGGAUUUGACACACGAGGGUUUCUUACGUUAUCAUGUCUGCGUGUAUCUUGUGCUAGUGAGAGACUUGCGAGGUGAUCAUCGAGGACUUUUGUAUGUGUUUGGACUAAAUUGGUGUUUUUAGCCGUAUUAAUUUCAUCUGCUGUCACACAUUCAGAGUCAAUGGCAGUUUCAACUUUGAACAUGACUCCGUACUUCACAGGAUAUUCUUUCCAAGGUCAGGGUCGUAUGAACCAGCUGGGUGGAGUGUUCAUCAACGGGCGGCCUCUGCCGAACCACAUCCGGCUGAAGAUCGUGGAGAUGGCGGCGGCGGGCGUGCGGCCCUGCGUCAUCUCGCGCCAGCUGCGCGUCUCGCACGGCUGCGUCUCCAAGAUACUCAACAGAUAUCAGGAGACUGGUUCAAUCAGACCCGGAGUGAUCGGCGGAUCCAAACCGAGAGUAGCGACACCGGAAGUAGAGAACCGCAUUGAAGAGAUGAAGAAACAAAACCCAGGUAUAUUUUCCUGGGAGAUUAGAGAUAAACUUAUAAAAGAGGGAAUCUGUGAUAAAAAUACGGCCCCCUCAGUCAGUUCGAUAUCAAGACUUAUAAGAGGAGGGAAAAGGGAUGAGUCAGACCCUCGGAGAAAUCACAGCAUUGAUGGUAUUCUAGGUCCUUCUUCAUGUGAAGAUUCCGACACGGAGUCUGAACCAGGCAUCACCCUGAAGAGGAAACAGCGGAGAUCCAGGACGACCUUCUCCGGAGACCAACUGGAGGCCCUGGAGCGAGCCUUCACCAGGACCCAGUACCCCGACGUCUACACCAGGGAAGAACUCGCACAGAAGACUAAACUUACCGAAGCCAGAGUUCAGGUGUGGUUCUCAAACCGAAGAGCGCGGCUCCGCAAGCACCUGAACUCGCAGCAGCUGAGCGCCUUCAACACAAUGUCACUGCAGUCAGCCUUCCCCGCCGUGCACCAGCAGUACGAGCCGCCAUCCAGCUUCAACGCGCAGUGCGCCUCGUGGCAGCAGUCCUACUCCUCCGCCCUCGGCUCCAACUCCGUCCUCAACUCCGCCUUGGCCCCGUCUCUCCACCAAACAGCGCUGACUCCCUCCGUCUGCCAAUCAGCGCUCUCCUCCUCCCUUCACCCUCCGACCUCUUCCUCCUUCUCAUCCAGCAGCCUAACCCCUCUCUCUCACUCGUCCGAGCUGCCGACGCCGCUGCAGCCGCCGACGGAUAGCACCCCACCCAGCUCCAGCCCCACCGUGGCCAGCCCGUCCCACCACAGCGGCGGCAUCACCUACCAGCACUCCUCCUACUCCAGCAGCGAGCCGCUGGCGCACCCCUACGCCUACGGAGACUACGCCAAGCCCGAGCACGCCAUGUCCGCGCACAACCACUGGACGUCGCGCCAGCUCAGCGGACACCCGCAGAACAAACUCGCCGAAGUCAGCUCGUGGCCAGAAAACUAUAGUUCGUUUUUCGGCACGAAUGCGUCGCACUACGCGUCCCACGCUCACUCCCCUUCUGAAGCCAAGUCCGGGUACCCCUACAUCGGACAACUGGGAGGCAUGGACAUGGGCAGAGUCCACUGAUGAUGUUCACUGACAAAUAAUUACUCUAAGCUUUUCACGAGUAAACAUCUAAGUAAAUAAAACUGUAUUUGGUAAAUCGUCACCCGUCCAUAUCACUCGAGCGAUAGAUCGUGGAAGUAUUGAAAUAAUUUUGUAAAGGUAUAAAAAAUAUUUUAUGACAUUUUACAGUUAGGUACGGUUACUUACGUAUUUUAUUUCAAUAGUAAGAUGUAUUAAUGCAUAUCCUAAGUGCCUAUGCAUACUUUACGGAAAUUGCCUUGUAAAUGUUUAUGUAAAAAUAGAUUAGAAAAAAAUCGUAAGACUUUGCUAGACUUAUUUACUUUAUACAUAUAAAUUUUGUAAAUAUUUUUAUGUCGCCGAAGGGCGCAUUAUUAAUUAUUAGUGUGUUUAAUAUAGAAUGUAUUUGUAAUCGCUGUUCCUUGUAAAAUAUAUAAUUAUAUAUUUUAGUAAAAAACCAGAGCACUAUUUAUUUUACCUAGAACCUAUUUUAGGUUAAGUUGAUUCAUGAUAAAAUUUAUGUUUGAUAUUUAAGAUUUAACGUCGAAUAAAUACAAAUAAUGGUAAUUGCCAUGUAUAAUCGUGUUAUUUGUAUUUAUUGCGACUCACCCAAUCAUGAGGCCUUAUCUAAAUGCCUUGCAUACUAUUGUGAUUUUAACAUUUAGCUGUAUUUAUUUACAAAUACAUUAAGUACCUAUUGUAAUAAAUAAUAACGUAGGAUAACUUGGCACGUGCAUUGUAAGUGAAAUCAAAAUUUACCAGAAAUAAAUAAUUUGAAAUUAAA